AUGUCGAUGCGAGCCGGAGGUUUUGUGCGUGAGGCGCUGCUUCGACUCAACAAGGGUUCCCCACAGGCCAUUACAACUGGAGGUGUGCAGCAACAGCAGAAGAGGACUAACUACAAAUAUGUUGGAGCGCCAGCUACAACUGAUGGAACGCUCGCCGGGGACAUCAAUGCUGGUCUGAACUCUGUUCUUUUCUCGGAGCUUUUUCGAGGAUUUGGCGUCAUGUUGGGACACGUAUUUAUGGAACCAGCUACAAUCAACUAUCCGUUUGAAAAGGGACCUUUGAGUGCACGUUUUCGGGGAGAGCAUGCUUUGAGGCGAUAUCCAUCGGGAGAAGAGCGAUGUAUUGCGUGCAAGUUGUGCGAAGCUGUUUGCCCGGCACAGGCUAUCACGAUUGAAGCUGAAACAAGACCCGAUGGAAGUAGAAGAACUACUCGCUACGAUAUUGAUAUGACUAAAUGUAUCUACUGUGGAUUAUGUCAAGAAGCUUGCCCGGUUGAUGCAAUUGUCGAGGGACCGAACUUUGAGUAUUCCACCGAGACUCACGAGGAGCUUUUGUACAAUAAGGAAAAGUUGCUGUUGAACGGAGAUCGAUGGGAACCCGAAUUGGCUGCUAAUCUCCAGUCCGAAUAUCUAUAUCGA